CACAUCCCCUCUAACUGUAACCCCAGCCAUUUCUACUGAUCACCACCAGGAAAGUCACACUUGUCUGGAGUUUAUUUUCCUAAUAUCGUUACAAAAAACACCCAUAAGGUGACUAACUGCCUGAUUAGGAGACAAUUAUUUUCUUUAGUUUGCGUUUGGCACCACUUUGUAUAGCAUCAGUUUGGCUGCUCUGUUGAUGUCUCAUUCGUUACCAGGAUGAUGUCGCUCUCCAGCUCGGCCCCUCACUCCCGCUCCUCCCCGUCCUGCAGGAGGGAGUUUACCAGUAACUCAGCAGCACUGCUACGGCUGGUGCGGAGUUUGGAGCCAGGAGGACAUCUCUUCAUGGGAGCCCUGUACAGAGACUGGGGACAACAGGAGCUGGGGGGAGGGACGUGGUGGCUGGAAGAACUUCCCCCACCCUUUCACCAUUCAGAACUCUGGGUAGAACGUACGGGGCUGAGACCUGCUACAUCAGGGGCCGGGGCCCAGGAGUUCCAGCUGCUGCAGCCCCAGGGCGCCGUGUCGGUGUCAGCGGGAGAGACUCUCACUCUGAACUGCUCUGUGACUGGGCUCCAGCCAGUGGGACCCAUGAAGUGGUUCAAGGGCUCGGGUAGUGGCCGCCAGCUCGUUUAUGCACAGGUGGGAUCAUUCCCCCGGGUGACGCGGGCUGUGAAUGGCUCUGACACAAACUACAACAUCCACAUCAGUGACACCCGCCCCGAGGACGCCGGGAUCUAUCACUGUGUGAAGUUUAGGAAGGGGUCGGGAGCCGAUGAGGAGGUCACAUCCGGCAAUGGCACCGUCGUGUCUGUGAGCGCCAGACCGUCGGCCCCAUCCGUGUCCGGCCCCCCCAGCAGGGCAGAGCCGGGUCCCCCAGUGAAUUUCACCUGCACGUCAGGAGGAUUCUCCCCCAGAGACAUCGCUGUGACCUGGCUCAAAAAUGGGGCUAAACUCCCAGCCCCCCAGCCUCGGGUUCUCCUUGCACACGAGAGCGUCUCCUACAACAUGUCCAGCACCGUGGGGGUGAGCCUGACCGCAGGAGACGCCCGCUCCCAGCUCACCUGUCAGAUAGCGCACAGCACCUUACCGGCUCCCCUGCGUGCGACUUACAACCUCAGCGAUGCCCUGCGAGUUCCCCCCAGACUGCGAGUGGGCACUGACCCAGCGGCACCCGUCGCACUGAACAAGUCUGUGACGUUCACUUGCCACGCGGAGGGGUUUUACCCGAAGGACGCGAGUCUCACCUGGCUGGAGAACGGAAAUGAGAUGGAUCUGGGAAAACCCUCCUCCCUGACUGAGAAUCCAGACGGGACGUACACGCUCCAGAGCUCCCUGGAGGUCAACGCAACUGAGCAGAGGAAUCAGUCUGUGUUCACCUGUCGGGUUGUGCACGAUUCCCAGCCCCCUUUCAGUGACAGCGCGAUGCUGAGACUCUCCCAGCCAUCUCCUGAGCCAGACAAAGAUCCCACUUCAUCUACUGCAGAAAAAAAGAUCUACCUAGCAGUAGCAGUGGUUUGUGCAGUGCUGGUUGUAUUGGUAAUCGCCGUCAUCUACCUCAUCAGAGUACGACAGCGCAAAGGAAAAAGCUCCCCUUCUGUAAGGCUACACGAGCCCGAGAAGAGCCCCAGCACAGCUCCCCAGGAUUCUGAUGCCAACAACCUGACCUACGCAGACCUGAACUUCGACAAGCAGAAGAAGAAGAGCAAGCACCGCUUCGUGGAGAUGAGCCCGCAGUCGGAGUACGCCUGCAUCCAGACCGGCCAGCCGGCAGCCACUGAAGACAAUCUCACCUACGCUGACCUGGACAUGGUCCACCUCAGCAAGGCACCCAAGAGACCUGCCCCCCGGCCCGAGGAAGCCAUCUCGGAGUACGCCAGCGUCCAAAUCCAAAGGAAAUGAUCAGGGCUAAAAGCAGGCCGGGGCUCACUGGGUUUUCGGUGAAGUCUGGCAGGCCCCUAGCUGGACAUGGAGCCCUGGUCCUCCAGUGCUGGCUCUCAAUGGAGGCACCAGGAGCACAGUGGAAGUGUGCGCCAAGCUAUGGUCGCUGCAUUCCUGGGGCUGGAAUGCUUCACACUGCGUGCGGCAGCCUCCCCAUGCCACUGUGUCCUCACUUGAGUGAAUACCAACUUCCACACCCGGCCCGGAGAGGCCCAGACUGAACUCAGACCCUCA